ACUAACGGUGACAUCGUUGCGAUCGACAUGAUUGCACAAGUGUCCAGAUGAAGUAACAUAGAGAAGCAGAAUAGGAGAUUUCAAACAGAUUUCCCUGGCAGAGGGAUGCACAAGUGCUUCUGGCCCCGCUGUGUACACACUGUGUCCUACUUCUGAGUCCCUCUCCAAGUGGCUAUGCAGAUACACGGCCGAUCAAUGUCCUGUUAAAUCUCUUAAUUGUCUUUCUUUUCAGUAGCAGCGAGUCACAUGACAGGAUGUAACCGCAGCCAUGACAACAACAGAUUAUAGCAGGUGGGACCAUAUCGAGGUGUCGCAGGGAAUAACUGAUGAAUCUGACCUGAACGUCGACACCCCGAGCCUGUUCAGGUGGAGACACCAGGUACAUCCAACACCUAUUAAUAUUGUUAAAACCAUGGACACCUGGUUUGGUGCAGACACCAGGUAUGUUCAGCGUUCAAUCGUCCCAUCAAUACCAUGGACACGUGUCCAGGUAGACACUCCAGGCAUGUGUGUGUCGCCCUGCCUGAGACCAGGGUGGAGCCCAUGGAACAGUUCCAGAAGAAGCAUGAGGAGCUGGAGAAGGGCCAGGCUGAGUGCUGGUUCAAACCUCGGUCACGGAGGAGGCCAGGGCUGAGCUGAUCCAGGCCCGGAGGAGCACCGUCACAAGGUGAAAAAGAGAGACAGGAGGAACACGGUGGAAGUUCUCAGUGGGAACGGAAUGAAAGAAGGGAGCGACACAGCACUUGGGGGCGAAGCCCACAGACCCCCCCCCACGACCCAUCUACCAUAACACUGAAUCCCCACUCCGCUCAACUAGAACGGACACGCCACCUGGGUUGAGGUGUUCUCCUCUCCAGCCUGCGCAGCAGCGCCAUCAGCUCUCUCCUGGAGGCGCCGCAGACUGCAGGACAGCGGAGGGAGGGGGGGGAGCGCCUGAGCCCAGCAAGCGCCUUAACAAAGCCUGGUCCCUGUGAAUGAGGGGUCCUCACUGGCGUGUGUGUCUGUGCUGCACUGCAGUCUGCUGGGAGGGGGGCGCUCGCGGCAGUGUCCCUCUGCUCAUGUGGACACGUUGGUCCUGCACACAGCGUUCAUGUAGCCACGCCGACCGUGGUCCUGCUCAUCCGCAGAGGCGGGGGAGGGGCACACAGAGCAGCCUGCAAUGGAGGAGAGGAGGAAAACACUGGCCAUGACUUUACCACAGUCACUCUGGUUGAUGGACUUCCGCCAGAACGGUCUCAGCGAAGCAGCAAAGUCUGACCCCUCCAUCAAGACACUUCCCUGUGCGAUUGGCCACCUCUGAACCAGUUUCUCUUGACACGGAAGCCAGCACCAGGACUGCAGUCACUAGAUCUUCCUGCACUGGGCCAUGGGUAGACAGACUUCCUGAAGAUUAAUCAGCCCAUCGUGGGGCGCCAUGUCACCAGCCAAUGCUUCCUGUGUACUCCGGGUUGUGGCUGUGUCCAGUCCCAAGUGAAGACAGAGCCUGAUAACAUGAAGAAGAGCAGGAGUGUCCUGACUGUGAUGGGGGAGGAGAAGAGCCGGGAUGGUCUGUCUGGCCAUGAGGGAACGGAGCCCACUCGUUACAGUCGCUCCUACACGUCGAGCAGCACUCUGGGAGCGGAGCUACGGCGGGGGCGGAGUCGCAGGCUCUCCACCAGUCUGCAGGUACCAUCGUUGCGACCCUGGGAGCGUCCCCGCUCUCCAGAGCUCCUGAGCAGCGUGUCGCGCCCCACCACCCUGCCGCUCCACAUCCCCCCACGUAUCGCCAUCACUCACGCUGACUCGGACAGCCUGGAGGUGGACAAUGUUCCAUCCCAAGAACGGAGUCCUCUGGAUUCGCAGGCGAGUCCAGGUCUGCUGCUGCACCCCUACUUCGCACUGAGCCAGCGGCGCGAGUCCUUCCUGUACCGCUCGGACUCCGACUACGACCUGUCUCCCAAGGCCAUGUCCCGCAACUCCUCUCUUACCAGCGAAGGGCUCACAGAAGACUUCAUUGUCACCCCUUUUGCUCAGGUUCUGGCAAGUCUGCGAUCUGUAAGAAGCAACUUUGCCCUCCUCGCCAACGUCUCAUCACCCACGGUCAAGAGGUCUCCACUGGGAAUGCAGCAAACCACUCCCAGGACAGUGCUCUCCGAGGAGACCUACCAGCAGCUGGCUCGCGAGACCUUGGAGGAGCUGGACUGGUGUUUGGACCAGCUGGAGACCAUCCAAACGCACCGCUCCGUCAGCGACAUGGCCUCGACCAAGUUUAAGCGGAUGCUGAACCGAGAGCUCUCCCACCUGUCUGAGAUGAGUCGCUCUGGAGUCCAGGUGUCCGAAUACAUUUCCAGCACAUUCCUGGACAAGCAAAAUGAGGUGGAGCUCCUGCCCCCCAACCAGAAGGAGCAGAACUCAGCACCAUGUCAGACCAGUGGAGUUGGGGUUUUGUCCGAAGACUCCAGGGCAACUCUGCCUCGAUUUGGGGUCCACACCGAGCAUGAAGAUGUGCUGGCCCAGGAACUGGAAAAUCUGGAUAAAUGGAACUUCAGCAUUUUCACUGUGGCUCAGCUGUCCUGUAACCGGCCACUUAGCUGCAUUAUGUUUGCCAUCUUCCAGGAAAGGGAUCUCAUGAAGACCUUCCGAAUGCCAGAGGACACAUUGAUGGCCUAUGUGAUGACCCUAGAGGACCACUACCAUGCGAGUGUGUCCUACCACAACAGUCUGCAUGCAGCCGAUGUUACGCAGUCCACUCAUGUCCUGCUCUCCACGCCUGCCCUCAAAGCAGUCUUUACUGAUCUCGAGAUUCUCGCUGCUCUCUUUGCAGCUGCCAUUCAUGAUGCGGAUCACCCUGGAGUCUCUAACCAGUUCCUCAUCAACACUAAUUCUGAACUGGCCCUGAUGUACAAUGACGAGUCAGUUCUGGAGAACCACCACCUUGCAGUGGGCUUCAAGCUUCUGUACGAGGAGAACUGUGACAUCUUUCAGAAUCUGAGCAAGAGACAACGGCAAAGCUUGCGCAGGAUGGUCAUUGACAUGGUCCUAGCAACUGAUAUGUCUAAACACAUGAGUCUGUUAGCCAAUCUGAAAACAAUGGUAGAGACUAAAAAGGUGACAAGUUCAGGAGUGCUGUUACUGGACCAUUACACUGACCGCAUAGAGGUACUGAGGAUCAUGGUGCAUUGUGCAGACCUCAGCAAUCCCACGAAGCCACUGGCUGUGUACCGCCAGUGGACCGAACGUAUCAUGGAAGAAUUCUUCAGACAGGGGGACAAGGAGCGCGAACGCGGCAUGGAGAUCAGUGCUAUGUGUGAUAGACACACUGCAUCUGUGGAGAAGAGUCAGGUGGGCUUCAUUGACUACAUUGUGCACCCGCUUUGGGAGACAUGGGGAGAUCUGGUGCACCCAGAUGCACAGGAAAUGCUGGACACGCUAGAGGACAACAGAGACUGGUACCACAGCAUAAUGCCGCAGAGUCCAUCCCCACCAGCUGAGCAGGAUGAUGUGGACCAUUUCCAGUUUCAUCCAAAUAUCGAAGGAGAUGGCCAGGACCUAAUCCAGGAGAGGUGUGGAGAGAAGGAUGAUGGGGGACUGGAUGAGACAGAGAAUGAAGAAGAUGUGGAAAUGAAAGACAGAAAUGAAGAGGGGGAGGAUACAGAGAAGAAAACAGAGGAUACAACUGAGGAAAACACUGAGUUGCAAAAAGAGACAGAGGAGGUAAUAGAGGGAAAUGAAGGGGAACACAAAACAGAGGAAGACCAAGAGGAGGAAACAGGGGCAAUUAAAGGGGAAGAGGAAAGAGAAGAGAACCAGGAGGAGGAAACUGAGGGGAAUGAAGGGCGACAGGAGAUGGAGGAGAACCAGGAGGAGGAAACAGAGGGGAAUGAAGGGCAACGGGAGAUGGAGGAGAACCAGGAAGUGGAAACAGAGGAGAUUAAUGAAGAGGAAGAAAGAGAGAGAGAGAAGGAGCUCAAGGAGGAAGCUGAAGGGAAUGAAGUACAAGAGGAGACAGAGGACCAAGAGGAAACAGAGGAGACUGAUGAUGUUGGAUAGAAUACUUAAAGAGCAGAAAGAUGAAUUGAAUUAGAACACAGUGACAGUGAAGGAGGAUGGAGUAGUUUUUGUCCUUCCAGAGUUUUUGAGAAACUGUGUAUAAAAGUUGCUUUAUGAGCAAUUCCUCUCCAAGGCAAACCACAGGACCCUGAGCCUGAAUUUUAUGCUGAGAUGGAUAAAAACGGUGCAUUGAAGAAAAAGGGAGAAUGGUAGGAAGAGUGGUAGCAGUCCCACUCUGUUUACUUGCGUUAAUUGAUAUACGCUUAUGAAAAGUAUAAAUGCAAGCUGGCACUGUGUCUUUUUCUAAGCCUGAGCCACCAGCUGUGGUUCCAGCUGUUGCAGCAAUGGAUUGUGGGAGAGUAGUGGACUAAUGUGAGAUGUUUUUCCUUUGUCUUGUACAAAUCUGUCACUGGUUUGGUGUCCUGUGAUCUGCUAAUUGUCCCACUUUUCCAGCACAGUGACACUGUGGGCCCAAAGGCAGGUGACUGAGACAAGUUUAUACACCUUUUCUUUGAGUCACUCACCUGCACCCUGGGCAGAAUAAACACACCUGUGCUUGC